CUGUGAAUCCUCUGAUGAACACUCAGCUGGCCUCCACUACUUCUGACAACAACGCUCCCAUCGACAAUGUUCAUAUCUCGACUACUGGUCUCAAAUCUGCCCUAACUCACCGUUAGUCCGCCGCCUUGUUAUCCUCUGAAGACACACGAUGGAGCCGUCUGCGCCCAAAAGCAAGCUGAAAAAGCUGAGUGAAGACAGUUUGACCAAACAACCAGAGGAAGUGUUUGAUGUUCUUGAGAAACUUGGUGAAGGUUCCUAUGGCAGCGUGUUUAAAGCCAUCCAUAAGGAGUCAGGCCAGGUGGUGGCCAUCAAGCAGGUUCCUGUGGAGUCGGAUCUGCAGGAGAUCAUCAAGGAGAUUUCCAUCAUGCAGCAGUGUGACAGCCCUUACGUAGUGAAGUACUAUGGCAGCUACUUCAAGAACACAGACCUGUGGAUUGUCAUGGAGUAUUGUGGAGCCGGCUCUGUCUCUGACAUCAUUAGACUGCGCAACAAGACGUUGACAGAGGAUGAGAUUGCCACUAUCCUGAAGUCGACACUAAAGGGGCUUGAAUACCUUCACUUCAUGAGGAAGAUCCAUCGGGACAUCAAGGCAGGAAACAUCCUCCUCAACACAGAGGGACACGCUAAACUGGCCGACUUUGGAGUUGCUGGACAACUAACGGACACCAUGGCAAAGAGAAACACGGUGAUUGGUACUCCGUUCUGGAUGGCCCCAGAGGUGAUCCAGGAGAUCGGCUACAACUGUGUGGCUGACAUCUGGUCUCUGGGCAUCACAUCCAUAGAGAUGGCAGAGGGCAAACCUCCCUACGCUGACAUCCAUCCCAUGAGAGCUAUCUUCAUGAUCCCCACCAACCCCCCUCCAACAUUCAGGAAGCCGGAGCUUUGGUCAGACGACUUCACAGACUUUGUCAAGAAGUGUCUGGUCAAGAAUCCAGAGCAGAGAGCGACCGCCACACAGCUCCUACAGCACCCAUUCAUCAGCCAGGCCAAGCCGGUCACAAUCCUGAGAGAUCUGAUAACUGAGGCCAUGGAGAUGAAAGCCAAGAGGCAGCAGGAGCAGCAGAGAGAGCUGGAGGAGGAGGACGACAACUCUGAGGAGGAGACCGAGGUGGACUCUCACACUAUGGUGAAGUCGGGUUCAGAGGGUGCAGGAACCAUGAGGGCCACCAGCACCAUGAGUGACGGGGCGCAGACCAUGAUUGAACACGGCAGCACAAUGCUAGAGUCUGACCUUGGCACUAUGGUCAUCAACAGUGAUGAUGAUGAUGAGGAGGAGGAAGACCAGGGAUCCAUGAGAAGGCACGCCACCCCCCAGCAGCCGAUACGUCCGUCCUUCAUGGACUAUUUUGACAAGCAAGACUCCAACAAGGCAGCCCAGCAGCAGGAGAACUACAACCACAACCAGCCGCAGGAGCAGCCCGGCUACCACAUCCAGUCCAAGAACGUCUUCCCUGACAACUGGAAGGUACCUCAGGACGGAGACUUUGACUUUCUGAAGAACCUGGACUUCGAGGAGCUGCAGAUGCGCCUGAGUGCCUUGGAUCCCAUGAUGGAGCGCGAGAUCGAGGAGCUCAGGCAGCGCUACACCGCCAAAAGGCAGCCCAUCCUGGAUGCCAUGGAUGCCAAGAAGAGACGGCAACAGAACUUCUGAGCUCUCCUACACGUCGCCUUCUCCCUCCGGUCUCGGUUUCCUAAAGCCACUGUCACCACAAAACCUCUGUCCCAUUGACUCAGAGGAACUAAGUUGACCUUAUUGUCUUUGUUCGAAGCCCACUGCUGUUCAGACUGACUGCUAACUGGCCUCUGAAGGAAGUUUGCUUCCUUUACUGGGUGGCAUCCAUUUUGGCUCCUGGAAUCUACACUCGUCUGCCUUGUUGCUACACUAUGUCUAGAUGCUGUUUCUCCAUUUUAAAUCUUAUUUGUUUCUACAGUUCCUGUACAGUUACUUUCCUGUGAAUGAUGCUCAGGACUGCAGCCAAAGAGAGAACUAACGCUUGGUGAUUAUACAUCUGAAAGUCACAAAAUGCAUUUCCCCUUUUCCGGAUGAAAUUACAUUUCAUGUCACAAAGAAAACCCAUAAGGAAGCCUAUCCUCUGGCAGUAGCAGCAGUAUCAUCACCGUGGUCAAUGACAAAGGGUCUUUUUUUCCUCAGACUUUUCACUUUCAGUGUAAAUAUAAUAUAGAGCCUAGUUUGGAAAUACCUGCAACAAAAAGCUGUGGAGGCUUGUCCAUGACCAAAGACAAUCAAGAGGAUGUUGAUUAAGUUGAGAAUGCCUUAAAAUAUUUGAAACCUGGUUUUCAAAAUAAGCAAUGUAAUAAAAAAGAAAACACCCAAGUCGUCAGAUGGUUAAAUCCAUUUCCUCACUUGGAGAUGAGUUGGAAGUGGAUUGUAGAAAGCUGCAAGAAUGGACAGAAAUUAUGGAAAUCAUGUGGAUUGUGAACAGAUCAUGCACGUUUUCAAUCGUUGGUGGAUCAUCUAAACUUAUUUCAUUAGUCUUAAUUUUAUUUUGUUGAGUUCAAGUAUUAUGUUCUGAGCUCCAUGCGUCCUAUUGUCCCAUACUCAUAACACACCUGUCCCAGUUCUACAUCGCUUUCUGAGCACACACUUACCCAACACUCCUCACGAAUUUAAAAUCAGAGCUUUUACUUGGCAAACUUUUCCACCAUACUCAAACCAGAGUUAGUUCAUUCCUAAGUUUAAAAACAAUUCCAUACAAGAAGAAGCAUUCCUAAAUACUGUCUUUUAUUUGUAUGUUCCUGGAGUCUUUAAAACCCCUGUAAAUUUAUUUCAACUGUCUAUUAUGUUUUCUAUAACUGUUCAACAUUAUGAUUGAUAACCUCUGAUUCCAGUAUGAAACAUCAAAGCAGUGGACAACACGAUAACAGUUCGGUGCUCAGUGAAGGUGAAUAAGUGAGAGAACGAACUACAACAACUAGUCAUAUAAACUGUUUAAUGGUUGUAGUCCAAGAAAAAACAUCAAGUUGAGAUAAAACACUGACUGACUGAUACUAUAUACUAAUAAUAAGAGCUACACAUCUAACAUCUGAUGUCUGGAUUUCAGAAUAAAUAUUUGAAAAUGCAUUAAGAUUUCUGUCAACAUAUUUCCAUCUGUUUCAGCAAUUAUGUGUGAAAACAUGCUGUUUUUUAAUUUUCCAGUUUUCUGACCUGUAUGUGUGACAUAAAUGAAGGAAUGAAUAUGUACUGUCAUUCCACGCUGUGUAUUUGUUGGGACACAAAAUUUUAACUACUAAAAACUGUAUUUACACAAAGCUGUUCAAACAACGGUUCAUAAAUAUUGGCUAUUAUCAUGUUCUCAGCUCUGAAAUAUUAAGAACUGUACUGUCCUCAAAAAAAUCCACUAUAUCUGGCUUUAUUCCACCAUUUUGAAUGUUAAUCUGAAAAAAAACAAACAGAUUUGAUCACUUCAUGAAGGAAACAAACUACUCUGUUGUGGAUGUAGUUUAUUUAUUCUGCAUAUUGAUUUUACACAUCGUGCUAAUAAUGACCCUUUGAAUGAACUGUGUCUUUAAAUACAUGUUAAAUAUGUCUGCCGGAUGCUGUUACAUAUGAAUGUUAAUAUGCAGUCUUCGUGGGGUGGUUCAGCCCACACUUGCUGCAUAUUAAUCAGUCAUUUUAAUGAUACUAUAAUCUUAUAAAUAGGCCUGUUACACUGUCUUUUAUCUCAUCUGUUGGACAAUGAGGCCAAAAUGAACUGAUGUUUCAAACACCUGACCAAAUGUCAAUCAGUACUAUCACAGCUUUUGAAUGAUCACAUCUGUUUCUAUUUGUUUUUUUUGUUUAAAUUUUUUCCCCCUCCUGCAUGCGGGUGAACCUGAAAUCAUUAACAUUCUUGCCAUGAAUUAUUUCCAUAAAUUAAGUCUGUAGUGCAUUAGCAACUUACAUACAAGCAUUCACACUUUUAUUUAUUUAAUGUGUUUAAAACGUGUUCUUUUUGAUGACACUGGUUUAAAUAUGGUGGCUGACUUGGCUGUUAAUAUUUUUGCCCUUUGUCAGAUAUAUACGUGGCUUGAUUUCUGCGUGUUUUAGACUAUGCAUGUUUAUAAUUAUGUUUGCUAUUUAGUGGAAUGCUAUUGUAUUAACUGCACAGGUAAGAGUACUGUUAAUAUGGAAGCUGGAUUCGCAGCUUUAACAACAAAGUUUUGCUCUGUACAAUAAAAAGCCCCGUUUGAAAUAUGACAUUGCGGAGAAUCUGCCAUAAUAUAUAUAUAUAUAUAUAUAUUAAUCCCUUUUUGAUAUAUAGCUAUAUGAUUUAUUUCACUUUAUUUCUGCUAUAUUAUAACUUGAGGGUGUAGAGUGGAAUGUAAGCAUUUAUGUUUGAACCACUUAAUUUAUUAUCUUUUGUUUGUAAUACUUUAUAAAGGUUUUGAAAAGGUGCAAGAAAUAAUAAAAGUUACUUAUAGUUAACCA